AUGGCUAAUACAGCAACAGAACAGAACAUCGACGCUGGUAAUGGGAACGAUUCCAACGAAGGCAAAGAACUUGUCGCGAACAAAGUAAGCGGCAAAGUUAAAUGGUUUAACGUAAAGCGCGGAUAUGGAUUCAUACACAGAGAUGAUACCGGUGAAGACGUAUUUGUGCACCAGACUGCAAUACAAGCUAAUAAUCCCAAAAAAUAUUUAAGGAGCGUUGGCGAUGAAGAAGUUGUUGAAUUCGAUGUACUUUCUGGGCCGAAGGGUCUUGAAGCUGCGAAUGUAACCGGUCCAAAUGGUACUGCAGUUAAGGGCUCGAAGUAUGCUCGCUUCCGACGCCGUAGAUUUCGUGGAGGUUACGGGCGUCGCUAUACCGAUGAAGAGUACGAAAAUGCUGAUGAUGGUGGUGAUAUCGGACGUCCCCGCAGACGAUUUCGUAGAGGUUAUGGUAGAGGAGGAGAAAGAUCGCGACGAGAUUAUGACCAGCAGUAUGAAAAUGAUGUUAGCGCUCAAGAAAACAUUGAUACGAUGGAUGCUGCGCCUGAGCCUUAUUAUAGAAGAGGCCAAAGGGGUGGUUAUGGACCCAGAGGAGGCCGUGGUAGAGGCCGUGGUAGGGGCCGAGGUCGAUUCCGUGGACGUGGACGUGGUCGAGGUGGUUUUAGACCUAGACCAGUUGGCGAAGAAAUCAAUAAUCAAAAUGGUAGUGGUGGCCGAGGUAGAGGAAGUGCCUUUUCCGUCACUCAUUUACAUACUGGCAGUAAGAUCAGGAUUUGCCUAAUGUUGAAGCUAGCACCACAGCGCAAAGAUAAGAUUAAUUUGUUUCUGCCGGUCAAUCCGUAAUCGACUCGGUAAUAAUACUGUUUUGGCAUCUGUUAAGAUAACUUCAUAAAUCAUAUGUACUGUAGCGUGUGACCAGUGACACCUUGUAUUGCAUGAAAGUGUAGGAUUAAAUCAAACAAUGCGUUGUGAUAUCAUCUGCUUCAGCGUAAUAAAGCUGCCAUUUCUU